AUGUCGGCUAAGUUCCAGGCAUGGGCCAGGUGGUUGGUUAUUGUUCAUGCGGGUCUAGUACCAGGCGUCGAGCUUAAGAACCUCGAGACUUUAACUAAAGAUCCCCUUACGGACACCAUGACUGUUGUCUAUGGCCAUGAUGCUGCUACCUCGCUUUCUAUCCGCACGUUUACAAAGGAAAGGGUCUUGACUCCUGUGGGUACGAAACUGGGAUGGGUGGUUAGCAUUCUGUCAAAGCCCCGAGUAUUUGGCUGCGCUGAGCGAUGA